GGGUCAUGGCACGAGUAGUUAAAUAAAAGAGGUAUGGGAAUCGCCUAGGGUUUACGUCGCUCUCCUAUUCUCAAUUCUUUCCUGGACGACAUGGGGAGGAGGCCUGCAAGAUGUUAUCGCCAAAUCAAGAACAAGCCAUACCCAAAAUCUCGAUACUGCCGUGGUGUCCCAGAUUCUAAGAUUAGAAUUUAUGAUGUUGGGAUGAAGAAAAAAGGGGUCGACGAGUUUCCGUUCUGUGUCCAUCUUGUCAGUUGGGAGAAAGAGAAUGUCUCAAGUGAGGCAUUGGAAGCUGCUCGAAUUGCCUGCAACAAGUACAUGGCCAAAUUUGCUGGGAAGGAUGCUUUCCAUUUGAGAGUGAGGGUUCAUCCCUUCCAUGUUCUGCGGAUCAACAAGAUGCUUUCAUGUGCUGGUGCUGAUAGGCUUCAGACUGGUAUGAGGGGUGCUUUUGGGAAACCUCAAGGAACAUGUGCAAGAGUCAACAUUGGUCAGGUCCUGCUUUCUGUGCGUUGUAAGGACAGCAACAGCCAUCAUGCACAGGAGGCCCUCCGCCGUGCAAAGUUCAAGUUUCCUGGUCGUCAAAAGAUUAUUGUUAGCAGGAAGUGGGGUUUUACCAAGUACAGCCGUGCUGAUUAUCUGAGGUGGAAGUCUGAGAACAGGAUUGUGCCAGAUGGUGUCAAUGCAAAGCUGCUUGGGUGUCAUGGACCAUUGGCAAAUCGUCAACCUGGAAGAGCUUUUCUACAUGCAUCAGCGUAGACAACUACCUAGAAAAUUUUGAAAUGCUCUCCAAACCCUUUUGUUGAACGUAUUUCUAGUUUAUUAUUGUAGUUUGCUGUGUAUCUUUCCCUAGUGGAACAUAUUGUGUUAAGGUUAUUUGGUUUUGUGAAUUGUUAUUCACACCAUGGCACCGAGUUUGUUAUGGAAUUGCAGUUUGUUAUUGUUUCAAUUUUGUUGCCUUGAGAUGCCUACCUUAUUGAUGUG